GCACUACCUCUGUUUAUCAGACGCAAAUCAGCUCCCAAUCGGACGUUGGUGAAAAGACCUGUGUGUUCUCUUUGAAGCGGUGUUUGCUUCACAAUUGUACGUAUUAUCGAGCCUCUUUUUUUCUUGUUGUUUCCUGUCGGUCAUUUGUUGCUGCCACCGGCUCUGGUCUGGUGGCUGUGGCCGCCGCCGCCCAACCUCCCCCGUGCUGUUCUUAAGAGUUUUGAGAAACGUGGAUUCUUUUUCUUCUUUUACGACAAUGACCCAGUUGCUGCGGCUACUCCAGUAUCUGCAACCUCCGACCUUCCUCCUCCGACCAAUCUUCCUUUUGCUAAUUGACGUCGUGUGUCUGCAGACAUGUAUUUCCCUUGAUUCAGCGAAUCUGAAGCAAAGAAGAGAGGAAAGGACCUGUAUCUCCCUCCCGCAAAACCAAUCAAGACCUGCCUUGAGAGCAAGAGACCUCGAGUCCUACCUAAAUCACAAUGGCCACGGAGGAUGAUAACUUCGACAUUGACAUCUAUGGCGACGGCGGAAGCUACAAUGCUAAUGACCAGGGCGAUGACAUCAAGCACGAAGACACCGAACUCAUUUUAGACGCGUCGGACCCCACGCAGAAUACCAAUGUUGCUCAAGGGGAUGGCUCGUCGGACGGGACCCUGAAGCCGGACAGUGAAGGGGCUGCGCCCAGCAGCACCGGAAGCGUAGCACAUGGGGAGCCCGCCCACCAACAGGCCCACGCCCCUCCCCCGCAGCAGGGGGUGAAGCGCAAGGAACACGAUGACCGCCCGACGGAUCCCGAUGCGACGCCUGCCCUCCUCAUUUCGGACUUGUACUGGUGGACCACAGACGACGACAUCCGCGGCUGGGUGGCGCAGGCUGGCAGCGAGGAUGAGUUGAAGGAUGUCACAUUUAGUGAGCACAAGGUGAACGGUAAAAGCAAAGGACAAGCGUUCAUUGAGUUCACCACCCUCCAGGCCGCCACUGCGGUGAAGCACAAGAUCGAGUCGUUCGCCACAUCGGGGCAGGCCGCACGCAAACAUAUGGUCGUCUACACCAGCCCCCAACCCAACCCCUUCCGCACAUUGCCCAAGGAUGCGCCCAUGCGCAAGGACAACCAGUCGCGCUCGAUGUCCGGCGGCUUCAGCCAGUCCAACCAGAACAUGAACUUCGGGAUGAACAACAUGGGCGGAGGCUUCCGCGGCGGUCGGGGCGGAUUCAACAACCGGGGCGGCAUGAACAACAUGAACAGCUUCGGGGGGAACCGCAGCUUCCAGAACCCCAUGGGAGGCUUCCAGCAGCCAAUGGUCGGGGGCUUCCAGGGCAAUCCGAUGGGGAUGCAGAAUUUCGGGUUCAACAACCGUGGCGGAAUGAUGGGCGGAGCCAUGCGCGGCGGACCCGGUGGCAUGCGCGGCCGGGGUGGCGGCAUGGCCGGGGCCAAUAUGAUGGGCAUGCCGGCGAUGAAUCCCAUGGGUGGCAUGGGGAUGAACCCGAUGGCCGGGGGUAUGAAUCCGAUGAUGGGCGCCAUGGGCGGCAACAUGGGCAUGCAGGGACAAGCCGGGUUCCAAGGCCCCAACCCAGCAUUCAACCAGGGGUUCUUCCCUAACGCGCAAGGCGGCGAUGGGUCGUGGAAUCCCCAUGGUGCCAAGCGCAGUCGACAGGAGUGAUAGGUUGGACCUGUUGAUGUUUCUUGGCCGUGUUGUCUGGACAUGGCUUCCUCGCUACUACAAUUGCUUCAUGCAUGUCCGUGACCCUGGGCGGUCACGGGAAAUUGAUCACUGGCAGUUUUAUGUAUCACAUGGUGCUUUCUUUAGUGUUUACUUCGGGGUUUGUUCUCUCUGGUUUGUUGCACACGGAUCUUACGGGGAAAUUGGCAUUGUUUAUUUUGUUGUUGGUGGGCGUAGUGCCUAGGUGUAUUAGAAUCAAAGG